GGACGUAUAAAAUAUUUGUUAGUGCUAAUCUCUCAGUUACCCCCCCAUCCAACACUUGGGCAUUCAUUUUGUCUAAUAAUCUCUCAGUUAACGAGUCUAAAUUCUCAACGCAAAUUGGAUGGUGUCAGGUUCGGAGUGUAUGGCAGAGGGAGAGGAAGAUUUGCCCAGAGAUGCAAAGAUUGUGAAGUCAUUGUUAAAAUCUAUGGGUGUUGAGGAGCAUGAGCCCCGUGUUGUGCACCAGUUUUUGGAGCUUUGGUAUAGAUAUGUCGUUGAUAUCUUGAUGGAUGCACAACUUUACUCGGAGCAUGCUGCCAAGACGACAAUUGACACCGAUGAUAUCAAGCUUGCUAUUCAAUCAAAAGUGAAUUUCAGCUUCUCGCAACCACCACCACGAGAGGUUUUACUGGAGCUGGCUAGAACCAAGAACAAAACACCACUACCAAAACAUUUUGGAGGCUCUGGAAUCCCACUUCCACCUGAAGAAGACACCCUGAUUAGCCCCAAUUACCAGCUAGUGAUACCAAAGAAGCAAAACCCCCAGGUAUUAGAAGAAACAGAAGAAGAGACUGCAGCUCCUAGCACAUCGCAAGAGCCAAAGACCGAUACACUUCAGAACACUACACAGAGGGUCUCCUUUCCUCUGGGUGCAAAACGUCCAAAGUAAUACCUCGUCAUUACUAAUGGGGCACAACAUUCAUCAUGUACUCUUUCCCUGUUGCCUGUUGGAGCACAUCAUCUAGGUGAGAUCUCUCAAAUCUUCUCGUGAGCCCAAAGUUUUUAGUUUUUUACUUAUCAAGAAGAGUAUAGGAGCUUAUUCAUUGAUUGGUUGCCUAUUAAAUUGCGACAGAAAUUUCCGGUAUCUUACUAUGCAUCUGAGAGUACAACCCUCGUCAUGAUGCACAAUAAAUUCUAUCGUGGACAUGGGAGUAUACCUCAUGGUCUGUUUUGUUUCCUAGCCUUUUUUUAAUGUUGAAAAAUCUUCGAAACACUACAUGAACUAUAUUGGAUGUUUAUAUUAGGAAAUGCUUGGAGGUUAGUUUUCGUUUAUCAUGAUGUAAUCUACUAUAUGAGACUAGUAUAAACCAUUGUGGUGAUUCUUUUCAGGAGCAAGGAAUUUGUGAAUUUUAAGACUUGGUAGUUUUGGAAGCUCCACCUGAUUUUCAGCUUGGUUGUACAUUGUGUUACUCCUUCAUUCCUACGCAACCCACCCGAUGCGUUUCAUGUUGGAUCCUGUUGUGUUGGAGUGAAGGAGUACCACAAUGUACAUAUGAAACUAGUAAACAAUGUGUAAAAUGAUGUGUAAUAUGCACAUCAUUUGAUGAUACAUGUUGGAUCCUUUGACGAAACUAGUUUUUUAUUGCGUUUGGUUUCUUCGUUCUGUAUGUGCAACAAGAUAUAAUCGAUACAUACGAGUUUGAGUAAUAUUGGAUGCAUUUUGUGCAACUACGUUCGAGUUGUGUUGUUUUACUUAA